AGAGAGAGGAGUUGGUGGUGGUUGGAGAAGAAAAGGAGAGGUAUUCAUUUGAUUGUUAUUUGAUUUAUUACUCUUAUUUGAUUCAUUUGAUUCUAUUUUUAUUUUAUUUAUUUUACUUUUGAAUUUUAACAUUUAAUUUUACUUUGUAUUUUGUUUUCAUAUUUUUUAUUUUACAUUUUUAUUUUGUGCAAAUUUUGUAUAUAUUUAUUUUGUGCAUAGAGGAGUAGUUAGGGGUAAGCGUAGGGUUAGGGUUAGGCUUAGGGCUGGGGUCAGAGUUAGUCUUGGGUGGGCAUUCUAGCUAGUUAGCUAGUUUAGAGAGGAGGGUGGGAUUUUUUGUGCGAACAAAAUGUGCAGACUAAGUAUGAUUCCUUCCCUUUCUCUUGUUCUCCUGGGGGUGGGGUGCAAGUCCUGGGGUACUCUGCACAGCCUUAACUCGCUGGAAAUCAACCCAGCCAGUCUUCUCCAGAGAGCUCAGCUCCUCCACACUCGUCCCCUGCCUUCCCCUUUUCAUCAUUUACUAGGACAUUCCUAGCGCACUUUCCUCCCAGGAGCUCAAGGUGGCCUUCAUGGUUCUCCCUGCCACCAAUUGUUAUCUUCACAGCAGCCCUGCAAAGUAGGCUAGGCUGGCCCAAGGUCCACCAGGGAGCUUCAUGGCUGAGUGGGGAUUCAAACCCUGCUCUCCCAGGUCCUCCUAGUCCAUCCCUCCAACCAUUACACCUCUGCCUGGCUCCAUUUUCCAUCUCUCCAGCUGCCCUACAACAUCGGCCUUCUCCCCCUUCCUGGGGGUCUCUCUGGCUCCAUGGAAGACUCCACCACCUUUCUCAUGUUCUGCUCCUCUUCUGGGACACCUUGAUGCUUGGAGGACCCUCCUAGGGGUCUCCACCCUCUCCAGGAAGGGCAAGGCUAUCCUAAGACAACGAAGCAGAGCAGCCCUUUAACAGCUGGCAAUGCUUGUCUUUCCUUUGGGCUGGAGCUCUUGAACCCAUAGCACUUGAGGCCUCCUUUCUCUCUCUCUGGCAGCCCUUUGUGCUCUGGGCUGCCUCUUUCCAGCUCUGGUGAUGCCCUUUCAGGUCAAUGAACUGCAGAGAGAUGGAAGGAAUUGGGCCAGAUGUCCCUCCUCACACACAAACACCCCCAAAGAAUUGGGGCUGCCGGCUUCUAAGUUGCUCUCUCUGCUCGUCUCUUCUAGGUUCAGGUGCUUAAGACGCCUGAUUGGCCGCAGCAACAGGGUGGCCCCCCUGCAAGGCCCGGAGCAGCCCGUGGUGUCAGGGGGAGCAAGUGACCCUCCUUUUUGGAACAGAGGAGGGCAGGAAUGGGCUGGGGGGCAGGUAGUCAAAAGAAGCACAGAGCCAGUCAGCUGGAUCCGACCCAAGGUCCAUCUGGGCCAGCAUCUGGAAACCCAACACGCUCCCCUAGCGACCACCCCGUUUUGUAGGGUCCGAUAGAGGAAGCAGGGGGCUGGGCUGCAGAGCAAGGCGGGGGGGCAGUUGUCAGUGGGAGGGGCACCUUCCCUGGGGAGCCAUGUUCUGGGGGCAGGAGGCCGGGAUUGGCCCCCAAGGCCUGGGGUAUCCCUCCCGUUGUAGGACUUGGAAUCCAGGAAUAGCCUUGCCAAGGGCUCAGGGACAAACUCCCCUGUCCCCAUGUCUUUGCAAAUGUGCUGGGGUUCCACAUCCCUUUCCCUAGGGGUGAGUAUUGGAUAAAACGAGAGCAGGGAGUGGAUCCCUCAGCCCUGCCCCCCACUGCUCAGGCUCUUUGCCUCCCACUCUGCACUAUCAGAUGAGGAACUGACAGCCUGACUUUUGCAUUUCAGCUGCUGGAGGAAGAUCAACUAUACCUCCUGGAGGUCAUCCAGAACUGCCAGGCAGCUCGGCUCAGGAGGCUCUGAAACCUGAAGUGCUCCAAGAAGGAUACAGCCAAAGCUAUUAUGGGGAGUGAUGGGUGGUGUGAGGGACCCCCAUGGGGAGGGAGGGGCAGAGAGGGGCUUUGGGGAAGAGCUUGUGCAUCUGCUGGAGAGGAGGACCCUUCUGGCUUACGGCAUGGGGUUGCCAAUCCCCUGGAGAGACAAGCCUGACGUUUGGGGUCAGAGCCGUCCUCCGGAGACCCCCGGAAGGAGCUGGACUGUCCUCCUCUGCUGUCUUCCAGCACAUCUUUGGCCACUUGGAGCGCUUCAGGGAUCGCACCCUGAGCCUGGCCCUGGCCUUGGAGGCCCUCCUCCAGCUGAGGUGAGUGGGGUCUUUGGGGUGGGCAGGGUUGGUGGGGCAGAACUCCACGGGGAGCUCUGGGUGGGCAAAAGCAGGCAGGAGGGGGCAAGGGAGACUUGGAGGAGGCAGCAUCUAACCCUUUCCCUUUCUCUCUCCAGCUUCAUGAGACCCCAUUUCAGCAGCAAUAUGGUCAGUGCUAUCCUGCAUAGGACAAUGGAGGCUGUUCUGGGGAGCGCAGAAAAGGACGACGACAAAGAGGUGUGUCCUCUGCUUUGACUUCCCUUUGCAAAGCUCUUUCUUCUUCUCCUCGCACCCUUGCAAGAUUUAACCCAGCACUCAACCUCUCUUUUCCCACAGGAAUUGAAGAGGCACUUCCAGAGUCUCCUUCUGGAGGCUCCCAAUGUUGGCACCCUCCUCCAGCUGCUCACUCUAAGUGUCUUGAUGGCAUCAGGGAAAUUGGGACAAUUGGGAAACACUGGCCUGCGAGCGCUCCUGUUGGAGAACAGCCUUUACCAAAGGUGUCAUGGACUUCGAAGGAGCACGAACUCAAGGCGAAAAGGAGAAACGAGCUAAGAGGAAGGCGUGUUUGGCAAAUCCUCACCACGAUCAACUCCUGCCUGGAAACCUAUGUCCCCGCCGUGGAAGGAUGUGUGGAUCCAGAACUGGUCUCCACAGUCACUUACGGACACACCGCUCAGACCGUGUUCAUGGAAGGCAAUCUUACCCGGCCACAAGUGAUCACCAAAGAAGAAAGAAGAACACACUGCCCAGGCUUGAACCCUACACAGGUCACUUCAGUGCUGCUAACACAGCAAAAACGACAUGGGAGUCACCAGUUACAAGUUACCAGUCUCUGCAGCCACAGCAGGUGCUGUGAUUCUCCAGCAGUUUGACUUCACCCCCAGAGGCACACUCCAUUGUCUCCAAAGACAGGUAAGAUACCAACAAGAGGGAAAAU